GGAGUGGAGAGUAUUGGCAUCUCUUAUUGGCAUCUCUCCGCUCCGUCUUACACCCACUACUAGUAUCCGACUUCGGUCAUGAGCUCUACCGAGAUAUGUACCUACUUAUAUAUCAAGGGUAAGCAGGAAAUGCACUUAGAAUGGGAGUAAUUGUAAUCCAGAAGCCAUCACUGUUCAUUAUCAAAAUCGAAUAAAACCCGUGAUAUCGCUCCAUUAUCUAGUCGGGCUUCAAAAUGGUUGAUCUUGACCUCCGCUUGCCCGAGCCUUUCGCCAGCAUCCCGCGGGAGUCCUUCCUCUUCGGACCCUCACCUAUCCAGCACUUGCCACGGAUAUCUGCUGCGCUGGGUGGUAAAGUAAAUGUUUAUGCCAAGCGCGAUGACUGUAAUUCCGGACUUGCCUACGGUGGGAACAAGACGCGGAAGCUCGAGUACCUCGCCGCAGAGGCCCUAGCCCAAGGUGCCGACACCCUCGUCUCCAUCGGCGGCGUCCAGUCAAACCACACCCGACAAGUCGCCGCCGUAGCCGCUGCACUAGGUCUCCAAUGUGCUCUGGUGCAAGAGCACUGGGUAAAUCUCCCUCCUGGAUCCCCAGAUGAGAUCCUCUACAGCUCCGUCGGCAACAUCCAACUCUCGCGGCUCAUGGGAGCAGAUGCGCGUCUCGAGCCCGCAACUACCUUCGGUAUCGAGCAUAAACCCACGCUCGCACAACUGCAGGCCGAACUUACGUCCGCUGGUCGCAAGCCCUAUUACAUCCCCGCAGGAGCAUCAGACCACCCGUUAGGCGGCCUCGGCUUCGCACGUUGGGCCUUUGAAGUCGAGGCACAGGAGCGCGCGACGGGGAUAUUCUUCGACACGAUAAUCGUGUGUGCGGUGACAGGUUCCACAUUCGCGGGUAUGGUAGCCGGAUUCAAGCUGGCGCAGAAGAAGCUUGGUUCCAGAAAACGGCGUGUAAUUGGAAUCGAUGCAUCUGCCAAGGUGAAGCAGACUUUUGACCAAGUAUUGCGGAUAGUCAAGGCGACAGCUGUAAAGAUCGGGUUAGAGGAGAGUGAUAUCACGGAGGAAGACAUCGAACUAGAUAAUAGGUACCAUGCCGGCGUGUACGGGAUCGCGGACGAGCAGACGCUGGACGCGAUCAAGUUUGGUGCUAAGACCGAGGCUUUCAUUACGGAUCCCGUGUACGAAGGUAAGAGUUUGGCAGGCAUGAUGGAUUUGAUUCGGAAGGGAGAGAUAGGAGAAGGGAGCAACGUGUUGUAUGCACAUCUUGGAGGGCAGCUGGCGUUAAACGCUUAUCCCUCUAUCGGUCUUCAGUAAACAUUGCCUUGAUAUUAAUAACGUCUUGAUUUCAUUUCGAUUCAUUACCAAACGUGAUCUAUAAGCCAGUCAUUACGAGCCCUAGCUCCUCCUGAAAUAGUCAUAUCGUGGCUGGGGUGGGUUCGGUAUAUAUAUA